UCACUUAGAACUUGUGGGUCAAACGAAGGUAGUGCACCAUUGGCGAUCGUUAGUAUAUGAUGAGAUUCAAAAUCAUGAUUUACCUGCUGCUGAUGUUCUCAAGGAUUACGGGUGGAACCAGGUCAACGUUUGAGCUGCUGACACAGCGUCACCCCGACCACUACACGCUGGUGAACCAGAUGGCGACUACGCGAGCAGAUACAUGUGCUGUCGACUGUACACGACACCCAAGAUGCUCUCUCUUCAAGUUCGACACGCAUGCGUCCUUGUGCACAAUCCUCGUUCCAGGCACAUUCGGCGUGGCCAGCAUCGGAUAUCGGACACAAGCAGAGAAGCACUAUGCCUUCUCAAACGGAUGGUGCCCAGUAGAAUACGGAUACAUCUUCCUGAGAGAUGUUCAGAUGUGCAUCUGGCUGUCCCACGAGCCGGCCACCCACGAUUCCGCCGUCACUCAGUGUGGCCUCCAUGGGGGCGGACUCAUUGUCCUUGCUGACGCUCACAAGAUGGAGGCAAUAUUAAAACUAGCUGCUACCGGCCCGUGGAAGAACAAACACAUGUACGUUGGUGCAGAUGACAAGGCUGUAGAAGGUACAUUUUUGUGGGAAGACGGGCGCCUCGUAAAUGACAGUAACUGGCAAGUUAAUGAACCAAAUGGUUCCUUGGAUGAGGCCUGCGUUGGCAUGGUCAUCGGUACUGGGCGUCUUUUCGAUUCUCCUUGUAUGUGGAAUCAACUGUUCAUCUGCGAAAUCGUUCUUUAAAUUUCAAACACUUCAUUAUAUUGUAUCUGGAAAUUAAAGUGUUUUAUGUUUCGAGACACUUCAACACUUGUAGCAUUUACAUACAGCUUAACCUCAGUGAAGAAGAAAUAUAGAACACAGAUCGGUGUUCGCUUCAUAGCACAUUUCGUACAACCUUGUGACUUUUCACGAUACGAAUAGAAGUUGCCAAAGGACAUCAGGUAGCGCUUUGACUUCAUGUGAUACUAUAUGGGAAGAUGAGCUGCCAUGUCAUUGCCUAUGUUGUGGAACUUUGUGGUGAGCUUGUCCUCUAUCCCCAUAUAGAUUGUAGGCUGGCAUCUUCAUCACUUGUGGUUAAAGUGUUCGGUCGUCAAGGCGAAGGCCCUGGUUCGAUUCCCAACAUGGGUACAAUGUGUGAAGCCCAUUCUUGUAUCCCCGCCGUGAUGUAUAUGUGCUGGAAUAUUGCUAAAAGCGGCGUAAAACCAUAUUCACUUACUCACUCUUCAUCGCUGCUAUCAAUUAUCACCUUUUCACACUCAGUCGAGAUUGAACUGCUUUGCAUGCGCUCUGAUACCAUGUAAACCAUGUUAUAUGUGUGUUCAAUAAGGACCCAAGGUCAAUACAACAUAUUACUGAAAGUACCAUACAUUUUUAUCGCAAUGGCAAUGUUAUGCACUUAUUCUUGAUACAAUUUCAUCCAGGUCUCACGAUUGAAUAAAGGCUACCAAAAUUCUCAAUAGUCCCAUGAGUCCAUUGUAUUAUACAACGAUAUCAUAAGCAAGUAUCGUAUGAAUCACAGAGAUAAAGUGAUGAUAACAGGUCUUCACAAAAACGUGAGUGUAUCGUGUCCCACCACUGGUACCGUUGCAAACACAUGCAAAGGCUAGUCAAGUGUUGGCCUAAAGAAACAUAAGAACAAAAAUCAAAAUAAGGAUUUACAUUGGACUUUACGUAUCCACCAUAAAACGCUGAAAAGCUUCACCGAGGCAGUGAAUGCAAAAACCCUCAUCAAACAACUUUUGAGCAAGAGUCGUAUGACGAUCUUUGAAAUCUUCGCGGAAAGAGUAGGCUCGACUACACCUCAAAGGUUGUCAAAUGUAGACACCAAAGGCUGGAGCUACUGGGAUAUUGCUCGACAUAAAAAGA